AUGUCAGACGUCGAUACAGAGGCCGUACUGCGUGAAGUACUCGACAAAAUUGCUAAAGAGCAAAAUUAUAAAAACCCUAAUGUAAGCGUACGAACUAUAACAACUGAUGGUGCAAAUUACAGUUCAGUGCUAUAUGUAGCGACGAUUUCCGCAAAAAACAAAGACGACCUUGAGCUUUUUGCCAAAGUAGCAAAUAUGGGUGAUGCAGCCCGUUCUCAGUUUCAUGUACCUGUAUUUGAUUUAGAGCGCUUCGCAUAUAUCCAUCUAUUGCCAGCAUAUGCAAAAAUACAGGAUAAUUAUAAAUUAACUGCUGUAAACAAAUUAUUGUGGCCUAAAUUCUACGGUUAUAAUCCAAAUCUGUACGAAGAAACAAUAGUUCUCGAAAAUCUUGCAGUGGAAGGGUAUGUAACGUACGACAGAUUGAAAUCGAUUGAUUGGGCAUAUGCUUCCAAGGCUGUGGAGUCUCUAGCUAAAUUUCACGCCCUCUCUAUAGCAUAUGGAGUAGAAGAUCCCGAAGAAUAUGAAAAACUGCUCGAGAAAUUUAAGUACAACGCCGAAGCUAUUGCGAAUAUGUCUAUUCUUUUAGAGAAAUCAGUAGAAAUGGGUAUAACAGUAACAAAAGAAGAAAAUAAAGACAGAUUAAGCAAAUAUAUUGAACAGCAAGGUAAUUUUAAAGAUAUGGCGAAAUAUUUUCAGCCAACUGGUUUAGUUCUUUUAACUCACGGCGAUUAUAGGCCAAGCAAUUUAAUGCACAAAACAAAAGAGGAUGGCAGUAUUGAAGUGAUCCCUGUGGACUUUCAAACUAUUGUGGCUAAUAGUCCUGUUGUAGAUUUAUUUUACUUUAUUUUUAUCGGCUCCGACGAGCAGUUCAGGCGUGAACAUUAUGAGCAGCUGAUCGAGUAUUAUUACCAGGAGUUGACCCGAGCAUUACGCAAUCUGAACCUCAAUGUUGACAAGUAUUACACCAGGGAGAACUACAAUGAAGACUUGGAAAAGUUCAUACCGUUCGGUCUGUUCAUUAGUUUAUUCUUGCUGCCAGUAAUCACAGUGGAAGCUGAGAACGCGCCGUCUCUGCAAGGAGAAGAUGGUUUCAACACAAUAGUGACUACGAAGACAAGUAAUUUGUAUCCGGAGAGAGUGAACGGAAUUGUAAAUGAUUAUAUACGAUGGGGAAUACUUUAAUCAAAUUAAAUCAAAUUAAUU